GGAGUUUGAGUCACAUUGAUUUCUAAUAUCAUGAAAAUCAAAACAAAAUACUCCAUCAUAGUUGACUAUUAAAAAAUCAAGUUGAACAAAUAUUUUAAGUCAAAAAGAGUAUUAUUAAUUUAUUCUUUUUAAAGUAACUUUGCAGAUUUUUCUCCAUCACAAUUCACAACUAUCAUUAUCAAUCACAAACCCAUUGCUUUAAUGUUUUUUUUUUCAAGACUUGGAAAUUUCAAUAACCAAUUUUCUCCCCCUGCCCCCACGAGCAUGGACUCAACUCCGCCGGAUAAUACCUUCGGCUUCCACGAUUUCAACGAAAGGCCGUCUCCGACUAGAAAAGAGCUACAAGGUCCACGCCCAGCGCCUCUCCGAGUCAACAAGGACUCUCACAAGAUCAAGAAACCCCCGGUGGCCCCCCAGCCGCGGCCGGCUGCUCCACCGCGCGCGGCGGCGCCGACGACAACCCAGAACCCCCAGCCGGUGAUAAUUUAUGCGGUCUCUCCUAAAGUCAUCCACACCACCGUCGGUGACUUCAUGAACGUGGUUCAGCGCCUCACGGGGGCUGAUUCCGCAGCCGCAGCCGGCGGAUCCGGCGCCCUGUCCCCGGCAGCGAGGCUCGCUUCCAUCGAGAAAGCAAGCCCUUCGGAGAUGACGGCGGCUUCUGAAGCGACUACCAGUACCGAUGUUCUACAGAUAAUUGAAAAAUCAACGGCUCAGAUGAGCCAGAUCCGGGGAAUUCUGUCGCCGUCACCGACAAGUUUGCCGCCCGUGUCCCCGUCGGGGCUGUUCUCUCAUCAGGCAUCUGAAUCUCUGAUGUUCAUGAAUAACAACAUGCUCAGUCCGAGCCCGUCGGCAUUGAUUUCACUUUCCGCUCCACUGGUUUCUCCACCUUCUUCCUCUCUCGAUCAUUUCAAUCUAUUCUACUUUUGACUUUGGGGACAGAGAUAUUCAUUUUUUUUUCCCUUUAAUCUGACAGCAAUUAGCAGUCAAUUGUAACUGGUAAGUUUUUGCUACGACUAGGAUUUUCUUUAA